CUUUAUACAUAUUUAUUUUGUAUUGUCAUGAAAGGUCAGUAGGAAUCAGAAGCUAAGAAGACAGGUAUGUGGAGGGAGAUGGAGAGGAUGGGCGUGGACGUUUGGCCGAGUCGGGGCUCAAAGCCCCGUUACCGGGAACACGUGUGGUACAGAGUUAGGCGCUGACUGAUGCGUUGUUGUGAGAAGAGGUUCAAGGGAAUCUAGAGCAAGAGUCGUAGGAUGUCACAGUCAUCUGGAUGGGAAGCUGGUUGUGGACACCACACUUUAUAGUACUACGUAACGAUUGGUCGAUGCUGGCUGCAUAGUAAGACGUGUCCCUGGAAAGUUCGGAUGCUGACAUUGGCCUCUGUGGAUGGAUCAUAGUCGGAUUCUCCCUCCUCCUGAUGGUGGUGACUCUGCCUAUUUCCAUAUGGAUGUGUAUUAAGAUUGUGAAGGAGUAUGAAAGGGCCAUCAUCUUCCGCCUGGGACGGAUUUUACGCGGAGGUGCCAAAGGGCCAGGCCUGUUCUUCAUCCUGCCCUGCACAGAUAGCUUCAUCAACGUGGACAUGCGCACCAUCACCUUCGACAUCCCCCCUCAGGAGGUUUUGACGAAGGACUCCGUGACGGUCAGCGUCGAUGGAGUGGUGUACUACCGCGUUCAGAACGCCACCCUGGCUGUGGCCAACAUCACCAAUGCUGACGCUGCCACCCGCCUGCUAGCGCAGACCACGCUGAGGAAUGUCCUGGGCACCAAGAACCUGGCUCAGAUCCUGUCUGACCGGGAGGAGAUAGCCCACAACAUGCAGUCUACACUGGAUGAUGCCACGGAUGACUGGGGGAUUAAGGUGGAGCGGGUGGAGAUCAAAGACGUCAAACUGCCCCAGCAGCUCCAGAGGGCUAUGGCAGCUGAGGCGGAGGCGAGCCGCGAGGCCAGGGCUAAGGUAAUUGCAGCGGAGGGGGAGGUGAAUGCAUCACGGGCUCUGAAGGAGGCGUCUCUGGUGAUCGCUGAGUCUCCGUCAGGCCUUCAGCUGCGCUACCUGCAGACCCUCAACACCAUCGCUGCUGAGAAAAACUCCACCAUCAUCUUCCCUCUGCCCAUGGACCUGAUGCAGGCCUUCAUGAAGAGGGAGUGAGGAGAGCCUGAUGGGUGCCGUGUGAGUGUGCGUGCACAGUCACAUACACAUGGACAUUCACCCACACACUGUGUCAUAGUUUGUUGCUUUGAGGAUCUGCUGAAGAACAUUUGUUGCUGUGAUUAAGUUGACCUUCUCCCUUGUGCCAAAUGUUAUUAGGUCAGUGCAGGCUGAUGCACGCUUGAGGAUACAAAAUCCCAUGGCGUAAAUAAUGUAAAGCCCCCUGCUUGUGUGUGUAUAUAUAUAUUUAUUUGUUUUUACCUGAAAGAGAAUGACCUUAACUCCUCCAUUUUGUAAAGCAAUUCACAUGAACAGGUCAUCCUUUUAUUAAGGACAAUGUUGCCUUAAAGUCUCAAGUCUGAAAGUGUCAAUUCUGAUUUCCCUGGGAAGAUGCCGCCUGUAUUCCCAUGAGAUGAUGUGAACAUUCUUUUCAGCCAAGGUUUUGUUUCACAGCUGGGUUUUCUUCAAACCUUACUACAACACCUACUUUCACGCCACUGAACGUCAUGCAGCUUUUCACUAUAACCAACUUAACGGCCAACUGACAACAGCUGAUAGUCAAACAGUCUUACUAUAUAGCCUACUUAUUACCAGAACAUUUUCAUAAUCUAAUGAAAAAAGAUUGAUGUUUAACCAAAUUUCUAGCUUAUCUGAUAAAAAAAAAAAAAUAUAUAUAUAUAUAUAUAUAUAUAUUAUAUUAUAUUAUAAAUUGUAGAAGUGUGAUAUUGUUGCAUUUCAAAACCUAGAUCCCCCCCCUUGCUCCAGUAUAAUAGUUUCCACUAAUAACUUAACAGGGAAAUGGUGGAUUUGCAGCUGCAAUUUAGAUAAUGCAUAGAUAUAGCUUGAUAGUUUACAGAAAAUAUUAUAGAUUAAGGAAAAUAGGCUAUUUGUUAUUGUAUGUGAUCAUGUCCAAAAAUUUGUGACAUCAGGAAUCCUAUAGUCAUUGAACAGGAAGGAGAAUGGUGUGUGUUGUAUGCUCUGUUUGUCUGCAUGUCUCAAUGUGUCUUUACUUUCACUUUUUAAACAGCUUCAAAGCCUUCAUUUAUUGCCAUGUAGUAAAAACACUUAUUCCUACACAUAUCUACAGAGAAAUUGGAAGUGCAUUUCAAUCUAUUUAAACUACGACUUGGGUCGUCGUAAUGCUUCAACUCUACCAGUUGUGCCUUUGGUGGUCGUGGAUUAACAUCUAUAGUUUUUGAUAAGUUUCUUCCAGCUCACCAGCAAUAUAGAAUCUGAAUAAUGUUUUGCUGACUGUAGACCACUCACUCCUUCAGUAUUAAUGUCUUUCUCCACAGGAUUCUGGUUCAAACUCAACCUGUAGAGUCUGAUAAUUAUUUUAUUGAUAUAUCUCGUUAUUUUAGAAUUUCUGUCUGAAGUCAACCUUUAAAAUACCUGUAUUUUAUAAUCAAAGCUGAAUGUUAUAUGUAUUGUAAUUGAUCAUAUUUUACUAGCAUAUUCAUGUGCUCUAUUUCCCAAAUGUAACAUUGGAAAGACUGUACUUGGUCUGUUACAAUAUUGACAAUUCAUGGAUUGGUUCUAUCCAGACAAGUGAUGUGCUUUAAAUGCUUUUACAGGACUGAUACUGUAGAAAACACGUCUAUGGUAUGGUGCAUGUCUGUUGUUAUAUGGAUGUAUGUAUACUAUUGUAGUGUUGCUGAGGAUAUGGUUACAUAACAUGUUACAAAACCCUCAUGCAAAUGUGCUGUGAAAUGUUUUCCAUAAAGGCCUGUUAUGAUUUGA